ACAUAUCAAUCCAACACUAGUUGUGUGCCUCCACACACCCUAAACCCACAACAAUUUGAAGUCACCAAGAUGGUUAACAGAGGGUUGAUCUCUAUUAGUAUUCUCUAUGCUCUCAUCUUUAGCUUUGGUUCCUCAAAGGCUCAGAUGGUUCCAGCUGUUUACGUGUUUGGAGACUCACUUGUUGAUGUUGGAAACAACAACUACUUGCCACUUUCCGUUGCAAAGGCAAAUCAUCGUCACUAUGGCAUUGAUUUUCCUACCCACAAACCAACUGGAAGAUUUAGCAACGGCAAGAAUGCUGCAGAUCUUGUUGCUGAAAAAUUGGGUUUGGCAACUUCACCACCUUACCUCUCCCUAAAAUCAAAGACCAACAAAAAUAAUGCAUCCUUCAUGGAUGGUGUCAGUUUUGCCUCUUCAGGUGCUGGAAUAUUUGAUGGUAGAGAUGAACGUUAUGGACAAUCAAUACCGUUGACAAAACAAGUGGACUACUAUUCAAUUGUACACGAAGAAAUGAUACGAGAAGUAGGAGCUGCUGAUCUUCAGAAUCAUCUUUCAAAAUCAAUUUUCGUUUUGGUGAUUGGCAGCAAUGAUCUCUUUGGGUACUUUGAGUCAUCGGAUCUUCGCAAGAAAAACACCCCACAGCAGUAUGUGGAUUCCAUGGCUUUCUCACUAAAAGUGCAACUACAGCGAUUAUACGACCAGGGGGCCCGUAAAUUUGAGAUUGCAGGAGUUGGGACACUUGGAUGCGUCCCUGUUUACAGGCUAAAGAACAAAACGGAAUGCGUUGAAGAAGUGAAUUACUGGUCGAAAAAAUAUAAUGAAGGGCUUCGAUCCAUGUUGAAGGAAUGGCAAUCGGAGAAUGGAAGCAUAAUCUACUCCUACUUUGACACUUAUGCUGCAAUCAACGACAUCAUUCAGAGUCCACCUUCCUAUGGAUUUACUGAGGUGAAAGGUGCUUGUUGUGGAGUAGGCGAGCUGAAUGCUAGGGCUACCUGCCUGCCAUUGUCAAACCUUUGUCCUAAUAGACAAGAUCACCUCUUCUUUGACCAAUUCCAUCCUACGGAGGCAGCUUCUCGAAUACUUGUUGAUAGACUUUUCAAUGGCUCUUCAAGUUACACAUCUCCCAUUAACAUGAGACAGCUGAUACAUGCCUAAAUUUUGAAAAAUUAUUAAGUAGUUUUCAACCAUAUGAUUACCGAUUAAUCUUCAUAUCACAUAUAAUCAAGUAUUAUUAUUUUUUAUAUAUAUAUUAUUCUAUGAA